UGUGGCCUGUUUGGCAAAUGCUGCUCUACAUGACAGCGUGAACUUCACAACACUCUCAUUCGACCGGCUGCUCCUCGACUUGAUCAGCUAAACCUUGCUGGCAGCGUGAGAGCAGUACUAUGACUACGGCUUUUCUCAGAAACACUGCAACCUGGAAUGCCAUGCCUAGCAUUUAAAGUUCUGAAGAACUUUGACGGAAUUAACGAGCACAAUGGGAAACACUGUGAAAACUCCAAGAGCAUCUGAGGAAACAAACAUGCCAAGCCAAACGGGCCAGGAGAGUGACUUCCUUGCUGUUCUCUAUGACUAUCCUUCAGCAGACAUAAGCCAACCUAUAUUUCAUGUAGGGGAAAAACUACGUGUGCUAUCAGAUGAAGGAGGCUGGUGGAGAGUCCAUUCCCUUACAACAGGUCGAGAAAAUUAUAUUCCAGGAAAAUAUGUAGCAAAGGUUUAUCAUGGCUGGUUAUUUGAAGGGCUGGGAAGAGAAAAAGCAGAGGAACUUCUACAGCUGCCCAACACCAAGGUCGGCUCCUUCAUGAUCAGAGAAAGUGAAACCAGGAAAGGGUUAUAUUCCUUGUCAGUGAGGCACAGGCAAGUGAAACAUUACAGGAUCUUCCGCCUCCCCAAUAACUGGUAUUACAUCUCUCCACGGCAAACCUUCCAGUGCCUUGAAGACCUUGUCAAUCACUACUCAGAAGUCGCUGAUGGUCUCUGCUGUGUCCUUACAACACCCUGUCUCACCCAGUGCACUAACAACAACACCGUGAUGAAUCCAGUUCCUCCUGUGGUGAUGCGGAAUAAAAAUUUCAACUGGAGAAACAUUCACAGGCUGGAGGUGACUGAAGAUACCAAAAGCACCCUGGCAGCAAUGGAUGACUCUUGCCUCAGCUAUGGCCUGAGGGAAAGCAUCGCUUCCUACCUCUCCCUGACUGAGGAUGACAAUGCUUCUUUUGCAAGUGCCAGAAAGAAGAAAUCCCAGUCUCUCAUAUAUACGGGGAGCAAACAUAAGAGUGCCCUUCACUUGCCACCUACAUACUAUGACGACUAAAUACAAGACAAAGAGGAAAAAGCCACAAACUGAUGAGUUAGGAGAGAAACCAGAGCAUCCUGUGGUCCUGCCACCCUUCAACAGCUGGGAAAUACAAUCUGCUAAGCUGGUGACCAAACGCCAGCAGUGCUUCUGCAUGUCCUCUUCUGAUCUUCUCAAGGGUGCUAUCCCAGCCAUGGCAUAUGCUGGGAAUGUGCCCAGUGCACCAGAACUGGUUCACAAGCAGGAUAAACCAAGAUAGACUCUAAGUCAAGAGCCAAGUGGUGCAGGUGACUCUUCAGUGAGGCGAUGCCCAGCAUUGUACAGAGGUGACUGCAUAGGGAAGAACCAACUGCAGCUUAAGAACUUAAAUUAACUCUGACUCUGGUGUUCUCCACAAGGCUGAAAACCUUUUCAGAACGUAUGUACACUGAAAAAAGGAGCAUUUUUCUUCUCAAGAUAGACUUACCCAUUAUCAUUGAGAAUGGGUCAGAGGGACAUCAAUAACCCCAAGAAAGUAUCUAACAUCUGGCAUACAAGAAACACCUGAUUCUAGUGACUCCAUUCUUAUCUUUUAGGAGAAAAAAUUAAAAUAACUGACUUUAUAAGCAGCAUUUAUUCACUUGCUGGCAAUGGCCUGCAGUGUCAUAAAAUAGUCACAAACUUAAGAACAGACUUAAUUCACUGAGAAAAGAAGUUCUUAUACCUGAGAUGGGAGUUCAGGCAUAUCCAAACAUGUAUUUCAGCUGCUCAUAGUAAACAGAGAUAAAAGAGGUGUUUAAAUGAAAAGUAAGAUGUGAUGAUAAUGUGCCUAACUGCAAAGGUUGGCUUGCAAAGGUGUGACCUUGUAUGUGUACAGGGAGAUAUUUUAACUAUGACUUCUGAAGUCAGCCACAUAUUUAUGUAUAAUAUUUAUAUUAAUAACAGCUUUUAAAAUAAUAAAACUAAGGGAACAAAUCAGUAACAGUGGAUGUUAGAGAUUUUUCCUAAUUUCUUGUCUGAUGAGAGUUAUGUCAAAUAGUAAUUACAUUUUCCAUCAAAUCACUUAAAGAUUAGAAGGUUUUCUGGAAUUUCUUUUAUUUUUUUAACUGGUAUGCAGCCUUUUCUAAGCCAUAAAAGAGCACGUAGCAUUUUCACAGAAUCACAGAAUUACUAGGUUGGAAGAGACCUUCAAGAUCAUUGAGUCCAACCCAUGCCCCAACACCUCAACUAAACCAUGGCACCAAGUGCCACAUCCAGUCUUUUUUUAAACACAUCCAGGGAUGGUGACUCCACCACCUCCCCAGGCAGGCCAUUCCAGUACUUUCCUUUGUACCUGCUUGUGAUUGCUUUCUAAACCAAGGAAUCACUUGUUUGAGUGUGUAAAAUGCUGCAACCUAUGCUGUCAAGCUAAGAUAGUUUCAAACCAAUAUUCUCUUGUACCUUUUUGCACAGAUUUGAAUAAUGAAGGUUUGGAGAAAUAGAGAAUUGGUGAGGUUAUAUAUAUAUAUAUAUUUAAUCUCUAAACAGCUCUUAGGACACAUCUAUGUGCUCUUUAGAUCUCGUAUCAGGUCACUUGCACUAGCAAGAAAGGUUCAGAGAACAAAAUGUUUCACAGCCUGUUUAAACAUAUUUCAGGAUUUAAAGGAUGAAUGUAAUUUGGCUGGUAAACAUUGAACUCCAAAAAGCAAAACACACUCAGGAACUCUAGACAUUUGUACAAUCUAAUCACUGUUACUGAUAUUCAAUACAUUAUGGUGACUGCAUUUUAUCCAUGAAAUGUAUUUGGAGAGUAUUUCAGAUUUCUAAGUCAUGACUUGUAUUUAUUCAUUAAAAUAAUAUUCAGUAGUUUGUGCUGCUUUAAGAAAAUGGCAAACCUGUGUGCAACUAGUACAAUCAGCCAGCCUUGCAAUGCCAGUGCCAGAAAGUAUCUCGGAUGGAAGGUGACAAAAGAAUCCCAGAGCCCACACAACUGGCAGCACUCAGACACACACUGUGAGAAGGGGAUAAAACAUUCUGACAUUGACAGGUUAAACAAUCAUGGACCAGUUCAGCAUGGAAAGGACCCCCAGACAUCCUCUGAUCCAAGCCCUCCCUGUUUCACCAGAACCACCUUGAGCCAUUUGCCCAGGACCAUGUCCAGACGGCUCUGGAAUACCUCCAGAGAUGGAGACUCCACAACCUCCCUGGGCAACCUAUGCAGACACUCUGUCAUCCUCACGGUAAUAACAUGAUAAAGUGACAAAAGCUAAUUAAAUGUUCAAUAGGACAUUUAAAGACUAAUUAAAUGUGCUAUAGGCUGGAUUUCACAGAUGGUUAUGGGGAAAUUCUGUGAGGUCUGGCCAUUUUUACAGUUAAUUGGAAGACUUUAUUGGGGACCUUUGGGGGAAACACAAGCUUGCAAGGGAUGACAGUCCCCAGGUGAUUUUAUACAAAUCUGACACUACCUAUGAAAUGGUAUAAUGAAAAAAAGUAACCAAGAGAGGUGGUUGGUUUGUUUGAGAGGGAAUGAGACUGGUAAAGGGAGGGAAAAAGGAGAUGGGAAAACAGGGAAAGGGAUCUACAGAGCACCUAAUUACCAGGAUCAGGGAUAUUUAGAGUCCAUGUCAGAGAGCCCUGCACCUGACUGCAGCAGAAGAGCAAUAAACCUUCUCUUUCCACCAUUGUCUGAUCUGCUUCCAUGGCCAGGAGGGACCUGGCCUUCUUCCCUUGCACUGGGUGGAAGAAGGUUGGAAGCUGCCCUUGACAUCCACCAGGAAUGCCAUGAGAGGACACCCAACACAGCUGCCCUCUGCAGCCCCUGCAAUCCAUUGAUUCAGUCAUCUACAUCAAUAUUGCACUGGUAAAUUCACUGAGUGAUCAAAAAAUGAAGUCAAAUGCCAGGCUAAUUCUCUUAAACCAUUUACAAUACGGCCAAAAUCACUGAUAACACUUAUUUCUAAUCAUAGCACUGAAAGAUGAAAAAAAUUCUAAAAAGUCCCCGUGACAGCUUUGCACUGAUUUUGUUCAAUCUGUUUUCAGAUUUGUUCCAAACAAAAGCUAUUAGAGGGUAGACACAGGAAACACAAAAGCAUUUUGCUAUUUUGGGUGCACAUUUUCUAGUAAAGAAAGUUUCAUGCACCACUCCUCUCUGCAUGCUCAGGAACAGUAUGGUUUUAUCAUGCAUAACAAAUACAGAAACAAGGAGCACAAAGCUGACUUUUGCAGAAGAGCUCUAUUGAGGGAUUUUCCCUCAGGAAAGGUAUAUCUGGUAUAUAUUCUCAGUUUCAUUGUUCUAGUCUGUAAAAUUAAAAGUACAGCAAAAUUAAAAGUACUCAGUGAUUUUAGUGUCUUUGAACAAAAACAAGACACAUCCCUUUACAGGAGAUGUAAGUGAAAAAACAGCUUUGGCACCACUUAAAAAAAAAAAAGACAGAUCAAGUAUACUUUUAAGCUACAAGCUACUUCUAUUGUUGCUUGCUUUUUAUAUUAUCAGUGUAUUUCACAAGAAAAUUAAAUCCAAUGUGAGGCUGUCAGAAUAAAUAAUUAACACUACUCUGAACUCAGUGGAGAUGCUGCUUUUGCCAAGACAGUGAUUUGCACAGUACCA